AUGACCUCUAGGAGGCCACCGGCGAGAACUCGGCGAACCCUGCGAGGUGUUCCGAGCGACGACGUGUCUGGAGACCUAUCAGCUAUCAGGACUUACCUAGAAAACAGACAAGGGCUCGACCAGCAGCAAAACGCAUCCCUGGAGGUUUUGGACAGAAAAUUCAGUGCUUUCAGCGAGAUUGUGAGCUCAAAUCAUGAUGACCUCAGAGACGAUCACAUAUUGUUACACGACACCAUAGACCUCAGUGUCUCCAAGUUGCGUCGAGAGCUGCGGUCAUGUCACAGAGAGAUAGAUUCUCUACGCAGGCUCCUGGGCAGCAAUGGGCCACCCAGGUUUCCGUUGUUCAUUAAGCUGCCCACCGAAAUAAGGGCCAUGAUCUGGGAUUAUGCCUCGCCCCGGAGAGUAGUAACGGUCGAGGAAGUCGAGUCUGGCGGGGACGAUGGUGCAGAACAGUGGUCAACCUACCUUUUCAAACCUCGUCGCUCACCCCCUGCCGUUGCUCACGUUUGCCAGGAGUCACGAGCAAUAGUCUGCAGGGCUGCUAGGAUCUUUCCAAUUAGGAACUCGUUGGCACCAUUGCUGCACCGUCUUGGCGCUCCCGACUUGAGCUUUGAGACCGCGUAUCCUGAGACCCAGUGGAGUUGGUUCGAUUCUUCCAGGGACACUCUACAUUUGAAGAUGAAGCUCCGUGGUUUCCGUUCACCGAUCAACAUGAAGGAGAUUCUCCGAGCCGCAGAAUCCAUCGCAAUCGAUUCACCCAGAUACACUGAUUCGCGGUUUCUAAGGCAUCUGUUUAAUCCACUCGUGACACCUAACUUGGCGUCAGUAGAUUUGGUUGAUAGAGUAAUGACUCUCCCGGAGAACAGUGAUCCAUAUAUUGAGAGCCACCUCUUUGGAACAGACAGGACUGGUCCGAUUGCAGUCAACAACGAUCACCCGCAAGCUCUGACGAGCUUCUUAUACCGCCUCUCAAAAACAAGGAACAACUUCGCAGAGAACUUGCACAAAUUUAGGUCGCCUAACUCUGGGCCUGAGCCCACGGAUGUCGCUGAACGUGAGGCUCACUGGGGGAAUGUAUGCCUUGCCAUGUCCGAGACCUGGCACGAAGUGCGUCAUCGUUCCCUUACCGAGCGAAGCGAGGCUGACCGUGAGGCAAUUCCUGUAUCCGAGGAGACGUUUGAAAUGAGCUCAAGCUCAGUAAACCGAGAAACACCUCGCUUUCAGAGAGUAUGCUUAUUCCGUCUAGGUAAAUGGGAUGAGGCGUUCCGGGCAUUCCCACAAGGCCCGGCCGAUAAUUUCAUAACAUAA